AUGACCACGCUGAGCACCGUGGCGCGGACGUCUCUGCCGCGCGUCUCGUACGUCACAGCGAUGGACCUGUUCGUUACCGUCUGCUUCCUCUUCGUGUUUGCCGCCGUCAUGGAGUACGCCACGCUCAACUACUACUCCUACUGCACGCGCUCCUGCCUGCACCAAAGAGUCUCAAAGUACUCCAUCCUGGACGUCCCGCCUCCCUCGGUCAUCAGGCUCAACCACUCCCUCUACAUUCAGGACUUGGACGAUACCUGUGCAUACCACUGCCUGGAGGGGAAAGACUGUACAAGCUUCUUCUGCUGCAUCGAGGAAUGUAAAGAUGGCGGCUGGAGACAGGGCCGCGUCCACAUCGACCUCCUGGAACUGGACGCUUAUUCUCGAGUCUUUUUCCCAACGUCGUUCCUUCUGUUCAACAUCGUCUACUGGGUCGGAUACCUCUACCUCUAG